CGAGAUACACGAGUAUCUUUGCUCCAGCACGUACCAAGCGUGUUCCACGCAAUAGCGGCCUUUUCCGUCGUAGACUUAUGCUGGUUCACAUUGUAUACAUUAUUAUUGCAUAUCUCUUGGUCUGCCUCUUUCUCUGGCAAUGUGUGUUCCAUCUCAGGAUAGUUUGCAGUCCGAAAGAAAUGACGUAGUAAGUACUGGACAACCUUCCUUGCGAACUCUACGAAUACUCGAGCCCUCCUUCAUCGCUAUCCUUAUUCCGUUCGCCCUCUGUCGUCUAGGUUUUCCCGUGGUUCCAGCACGAAAGGUUGUCGAAGGAAAAGCCGGACAAUCCCCGAACGAGGACAUAAAAUUCCAAAGGACUGACGGACACUCAUCAAGAAAUAAACAUGAGCACUCAAUCGAUCACUGACAAACCUCGCCGAGAUGGAACCGAUGCAGUGCGCAACCCUCGAAAGCUCUAGCUAGGCCUAGGCCGAUGCCGCAGGGCCUGCUGCAAGUAUUGCCCAGACAAAUUGCCAACCUCUUGCGUGGACUCAUCCUGGAUGUCGCAUCUUUUGCAGUAUAUGCUUCUAAAACUUCGGCCAUCCGCCUAUGCUCACACUGGAGAAGGCUCUGCUCUGGGAAUCUAUUCAAUGAGUCAGGAGGUCGAAUGAAGCUUGAUGGAUGCGCGAAACGCAGCCGGACUCACCGGUGUCCCAGGAACGUCCAUCGAUCAUGAACCACACUCUACCACUGCAUCCACCUUUUAUGGCUGCAGUGCUUGAUCUGACCCUCCCACUCAGUGACAGAACUUUGAGAAUAUGCUUGGACGUGGCUGCUUCUCGGGUAUCGGCUUUGAGCAUCACGCGGUGAGGCAAUCCGAAGCUAAUAAUCAAAACAAUUCUAAUGCUGCCCGAACUACCCCUAAUCGACCCCGGAUCGGUAGAGUAGGGGUCGGUUACCGUCUGACUUUGACUACUGUAAGUGGUUAACUAACUACCUGUGCCAAGCACACCUCCAUGUCUCUCAGUCAAAACCGUUUGCUUAUAUAACACAAAUAGGUCAUGUGAUCGGUACGUCUGUAACCUCGGUUCGGGGCGAGAGGCGGAGAAAAGAAGAUGCCGCGGAGAAGAUGGUUGGAGCCAUCUCCUCACCACCACAGUUUUCUCUUUGCUUUUCUAUUAUUCCCUCGCCGGGCGGGCAUUCUGUUUUUCUUCUCUUAUUCUUCUUCCGGUACUCUGUAUCUUUCACAUAAAAAAUGGCGCCACGAGCAGCAGUCCUGUUUUCCAGAAGAGCAGCCGCUUUCCCCGCAUCCCGAAGACCAUUCAGCUCCGCACGGUCUCUAUGUAAGGAGAUCCAAGAUGCUUAUAUCUUAAGUGCUGCACGCACGCCUACAGCCAAGUUUAAUGGAUCUUUCACUUCUGUUCCCGCCCCGGUCUUGGGCGGCGUUGCCAUCAAGUCGGCUAUCGGCAAAUCCAACGUCCCCGUUGAGAAGAUCACGGAUGUGUACAUGGGAAAUGUACUUCAAGGUGCUGUGGGUCAGGCUCCUGCUCGUCAAGCAUCUAUCUUUGCCGGUCUAUCUCCAACUGUCGAAUCGGUAACUGUGAACAAGGUGUGCGCUUCAGGUCUGAAGGCGGUGGUGCUGGCUGCGCAGAACAUCCAGUUGGGAUUGGCAGAGGCGCAGGUAGCUGGAGGAAUGGAAAACAUGUCCCGGGUGCCAUACUAUCUUCCACGCUCGAGCCAAUUGCCGCCGUUUGGAGAUGUCAAAUUGGAGGACGGCCUGAUCAAGGACGGUCUCUGGGACGUCUACAACCAGUUCCACAUGGGUAUCUGUGCUGAGACCACGGCGAAGAAGCAUAAUAUAUCUCGAGAGGAUCAAGAUGACUAUGCUAUCCAAUCGUAUGAGCGCGCUCAGCAAGCUUGGAAGGAAAACAAGUUCGCAGAAGAGAUUGCCCCUGUGACUGUGAAGGGUAAGAAGGGGGAUACGAUUAUUGAGCGUGAUGAAGGAUUUGAGAACUUGAAGGCAGAUAAGUUGAGGACCUUGAAACCGGCCUUCUUGCGUGAUGGCACUGGAACUGUGACAGCCGGUAAUGCAUCUACUAUGAAUGAUGGAGCAUCCGCGCUGGUUCUGGGUAAUAGGGAUAUUGCACGCGAGUUUGGCAAUGGCAAUCGUGCAUUAGCACGCCUUGUCUCCCAUGCUGAUGCAGCCAUUGAUCCUGUGGACUUCCCGGUGGCACCAGCCAAGGCAGUGCCGAUUGCAUUGGAGAGAGCCGGUAUUACUAAGGAUCAGGUUGCUGUCUGGGAGUUCAACGAGGCAUUUGCUGCUGUCAUCAAGGCCAAUGAGAAGAUCCUUGGACUACAUAACGCCCGGGUAAAUCCUCUUGGAGGCGCUAUCUCCCUGGGACAUGCUCUUGGCAGCUCGGGUUCUCGGAUUCUCGUCACGCUUCUUCACCAGUUGCAACCGGGCGAGUAUGGUGUGGCGGCAAUUUGCAACGGUGGUGGUGCAGCCAGUGCAGUGGUAGUCCAGAAGCUGGACAAGGUCGAGUAGAUGGCUAAAGAAUUGAUUGUAUGGGCUAAUAUCUUCAAUUGGCUCCUAUGGGUUUGAUUCGCAUGGAUGUAUAUGUUGGUCUAGCGAUAAUUUAUAGUGUCAUCUUUGGGACUCAAUCCCUGUGCUCAAAUUGGAUUGGAUUCAUUCCAAUUUUUAGAACGCUAGCCGCCAUUUAUCAUCUGAUACCAAUAUUGUCCCCGUCCAACAGUGGUGUCAAGAAUGGCUCUGACGUCGUGACCGUCCCUAGCGAGCACGGCGUUCAUCG